CAGAAGUCGGGACGUGGCUUGGGCGCUUUCGUGGCAGGAAGAGCCGAGCCAGGUCGCCAUCACCAUGGAGAUCGUUUAUGUGUAUGUGAAGAAGCGCAGUGAGUUUGGAAAGCAAUGCAACUUCUCGGACCGCCAGGCUGAGCUGAGCAUUGACAUAGCUCCCAACCCGGAGCUGGCUGCGCUGUAUGUGGAACGGAACCCAGUGGACACCGGCAUCCAGUGCUCGGCUAGCAUGUCAGAACACGAGGCCAACACAGAGCGGUUCGAGAUGGAGAACUGCGGGGUCAACCAUGUCGAGGGGGGCUGGCCCAAGGAUGUGAACCCCCUGGAGCUGGAGCAGACCAUCCGCUUCCGGAAGAAGGUGGAGAAGGAUGAAAACUACAUCAGUACCAUCGUGCAGCUGGGCUCGAUCAUGGAGCACUGCAUCAAACAGAACAACGCCAUUGAUAUCUAUGAGGAGUAUUUCAAUGACGAGGAUGAUGUGGAGGUGACUGAGGAGGCCCCGUCAGCGAAGACCAUCAAUGUCUUCAGGGAUCCUCAGGAGAUCAAGCGGACAGCCACACACCUCUCCUGGCACCCGGAUGGUAACAAGAAGUUGGCAGUGGCAUAUUCCUGCUUGAAUUUCCAGCGGGCACCCAUGGGCAUGAGCCAUGACUCGUACAUCUGGGACCUGGAAAACCCCAAUCAGCCUGAGCUAGCCCUGAAGCCACCUUCUCCACUUGUCACAUUGGAGUACAACCCCAAAGAUUCCCAUGUGCUCCUAGGAGGCUGCUACAAUGGGCAGAUAGCCUGCUGGGACACCCGGAAGGGCAGCCUGGUGGCAGAGCUGUCCACUAUCGAGUUCAGCCACCAAGACCCUGUGUAUGGCACCAUCUGGCUGCAGUCGAAGACAGGCACUGAGUGCUUCUCUGCAUCCACAGAUGGACAGGUCAUGUGGUGGGACAUCCGCAAGUUGAGCGAGCCCACCGAGGUGGUGAUCAUGGACAUAAGCAGGAAGGGGCAGCUGGAGAACGCCCUGGGGGCCAUCUCCCUGGAGUUUGAGUCUACUUUGCCAACCAAGUUCAUGGUGGGCACCGAGCAGGGCAUUGUCAUCUCCUGCAACCGCAAGGCCAAGACACCAGCCGAGAAGAUUGUUUGUACCUUCUCAGGUCACCAUGGCCCCAUCUACGCCCUCCAGAGAAACCCCUUCUACCCCAAGAACUUUUUGACUGUAGGUGACUGGACAGCCCGCAUCUGGUCUGAAGACAGUCGGGAGUCAUCUAUCAUGUGGACCAGGUACCACAUGGCUUACCUCACCGAUGGAGCCUGGAGCCCCGUGAGGCCAGCAGUUUUCUUCACUACCAAGAUGGAUGGGACCCUAGACAUCUGGGACUUGGUGUUCAAGCAGUGUGACCCUGCCCUCAGCCUGAAGGUGUGUGAUGAUGCUCUCUUCUGCCUCCGGGUGCAAGACACUGGGUGCCUCAUAGCCUGCGGUUCCCAGCUGGGGACGACCACGCUGCUGGAGGUCUCUAGCAGUCUCUCCACCCUACAGAGGAACGAGAAGAACAUAGCUUCUUCUAUAUUUGAGCGAGAGACCCGUCGAGAAAAGAUCCUGGAGGCGAGGCACCGUGAGAUGCGGCUAAAGGAGAAAGGGAAGGUAGAAGGUGAAGACGACGGCCAGAAGGAGGAGGAGGGGGCCCUAGACCUGAAUGAGCUGGUCGCCAAAGCCGAGGAGGAGUUUUUUGAAAUCGUCUUCUCGGAACUGAGGAGGAAGGAUGCAGAGGCCAUGAAGAAAAAGCCAAAGUCUAGAAAAAAAAGCACAGAGACGGAAGCCAGGGAGGAGCUGAAUGAGUUGGACGAAGUGAAUGCCAGGGAGGAGGAAGAAGCAGAUGAAGAAGCAGAUGAAGAAAGGGACGAAGAAGAGGCAUCCGCCUAGGCUGCCCUUCGCCUGCACCACUGUCUCUGUGGGUCCCUUCCUUCUUGUACUGCCCUGGUCUGACAUAUGGAAAGAUGAGCUUCCUUCUUAAAGCAUCACUGGUGAGACAUAUUGGGGCCCCCACACUGGGGCCGAAUCCUGAGUGCACCCCUUUCUAGGGUGGAACAGGGCAGGACUUGUCCUCCCGCUGGAUCCCUGGGUCUCGGUCACCCUGAGGCUAACCCUGAGUUAGGGCACACAUAACCUUCAGGUCAGGCUCUGGAUGUGUCCCUGGAUUCUGCUUAUCAAGCCCCCCAGUUUUUAGUUAUUAGUACAUUUCUCCACCUACAGAGGGAAAAGGUUCCUCCUCCCUCUCUACUAGCUCCACCUAUUAGCAAACUGGGAACAGAAAGUUUGCCCCCUUCUCCAAUGCCUUUCCAAGCAAACUCCCAGGGGGCGGUUUUGACAUGCAGUUAUGUGGGGGUCGGGGCUCCAAGCGUGUGAGCCCAGCUAUCCUUGCAUCUCUAUCCUUUUUGUUGCUAUACUUCGUGUAAAAUUAAAUCAGUGACAACAGUCAGUGCUUGUCAUG